CCAGGCAUUCCUCUCGUGUCGAAUCGCUAAACCUCGCAUCAAUCUGACGCUUUACCCUCGAAACAAUACAAUGACUUGUGGUACUACUAGAUUAAAAAUUCAUCGAAAGUUCAGAGUCUGGUGUUGUGGGUAGCGGUGUGCGCUACACAUUUAAGGAUACUACUGUUGAGUGGUCUUAUUAGGCCUUCUUGAAAUAACGUUUGAGCUUGUUCGUUGCGGAUUUAUGCUGCAGCUGCAGGGCUUUCUGUCCAACCAACCAGCAAGAGCAUUCGGGGGUGAUCCCCUGUAUUUUGUUGGAAAGGAACGAGGAGAGAAUUUUUUUUGUGUGUCGCCAGGAUGAUCCUUCGCGAAUGGCGACGACCGCUUGGUCGCUUCAUCAUGGCAGUCCUUCCGCCAUGUAACUUUAUCGUGCUCCAUUAUGCCUACUUUAUUCUCACGCCGUUGGCCUGCAGUGCUAUUUUCUGGGGCUCGUCGACACCCGCGCGCAGUGUGGCUUAUGUCGACUGCUUGUUUAUGUGUGUCAGUGCCAUGACGGGUGCUGGGUUGAAUACUGUCGAUCUAUCUUCAUUGAAUUCCUUUCAGCAGUCCAUCUUGUUUGCACUUCUUAUGCUGGGGCAUGCCAUCCUUAUUUCAAUCACGGUUCUAUUUGUUCGGAACCGGGCCUUCCAUUCUAAAUUCGAAGGGAUUUCCAAGAAUCCUGCGUUUCAAUGGCUAGCCAGACGCACAUCAGAUCUUCGCGUCCAAGAAGCCUCAGUUAAUAUGGAAGAUGAUAAAGACGGAUCAGCCAGUAAAGACGGAAAUAAGGCAAAUGUGACUGCUCAGCCUGUGCUUGCGGAGGCUCCGUCUUACCAGGACAAUGAUGACCGUAUUCGAUGGGCUGAUGAUGACCAACUUACUAUUGGCGCAAGGAGGUCUCAUCACAACCACCAUGCCCAUCGUGUGUUUCCGAUGGUCGGAGUCGGGGCUCGACUGGAUUUGAACAACCACCCUAGAGAUGUCACGCCCAACCUGCCGCUUUAUGAAGAAGAGAAAUUUGGCGGACUGAAGGGUAUCCUCCGGGGAACACACAAAUAUUUUACUUCCAAGGGUUCUGUGUCGAGGAAUUCAUCAUUCCAUGGCCUUACUCCUGCCGAACGGGACAAGCUCGGAGGCGUUGAGUACAAAGCAGUCUCUUUCUUGUCGGUCAUUGUUCCGAUCUACUGGCUAAGUUUCUUGAUCUUCGGUAUUGUGGGCAUGGGCGGUUGGUUAGAAGCAAACCAUCCCGAGAUCUCACGCAGCAAUGGGCUGUCGCCCUUCUGGACGGGUGCUUUCUUUGCUGUUUCUGCAUUCGUGAACAGUGGCAUGUCCCUUUUGGACGCAAACAUGACAGCCUUACAGACGAACACAUAUCCACUUGUGACAAUGGGUAUGCUGAUUCUUGCCGGAAACACCCUUUACCCGUGUUUCUUGCGGUUCAUUGUCUGGAGUAUGAGGCGUUUGAUGCCAGAUCGGCCGUCAUGGAACUCGUGGAGGAUCACGCUAGAUUUCAUCCUGGACCAUCCUAGAAGAGUCUAUACGAACUUGUUCCCUGCACGCCACACGUGGUAUCUGAUGGCGAGUAUCAUCAUUCUGAAUGGAAUUGAUUGGGCGUUUUUUGAGCUCCUAGCCAUCGGAAACCAGGAAAUUGAGAGCUUGCCGACGGGAUACCGCGUCUUGGACGGUCUAUUCCAGGCUCUAGCCGUACGAGCUGGAGGGUUCUAUGUGGUGACCAUCUCUGGCCUUCGUCAGGGCUUGCUCGUUCUAUAUGUUCUCAUGAUGUAUGUUUCAGCAUUUCCGGUGCUGCUGACGAUGAGAAACACGAACGUCUAUGAAGAGCGUUCUUUGGGCAUUUACUCCCACGAUGAAUUAGUGGAAGAAACCAAUUCCAAGUACCCGAAUUUCUUCGUCAGUCUCUUCAGGCACCACAUCCUCGGUCGACAAGACCCGACCACCAUCGAAGGAUCCCGCAGCUACUUCAUCCACCAGCAACUCCGCUCCCAACUGAGCCACGACAUCUGGUGGAUCGCCAUGGCAGUCCUAUUCAUCGCCAUUGCCGAAUCCCCACACUUCCAAAAAGACCCGGUUGGCUACUCGACCUUCAACAUCAUAUUCGAAGUUGUCUCGGCAUACGGCUGUGUGGGAGUUAGUGUUGGGUAUCCCGGCAGGAACUCGUCGUUCUGUGGCUCCUGGCACACGAUCAGCAAGUUGAUUUUGGCUGCUGUUACUUUAAGAGGACGGCAUAGGGGCCUUCCUGUUGCAAUUGAUCGGGCAGUUAUGUUGCCUAGUGAGUCGUUAGCUUAUGCAGAGGAGGAGGAUGCUGCGUUGAGGCGGGAGCAGACACGUACUUAUGGGAUGGAUAAGAUGCCUAUGGGGGCGGUUUAACCUUCAGCAUACGAAGAUAACAUGUUGCUUGGGUGUAGUUGGUCGUUGAUGAAGUGUAUCAAUUUUGUUUUUAUUGCUUAUUUUCAUUUGCUUUGUGCUAGACAUUGAUUUCUUAGCAGCAUUGCUUCGCUACUCAUAUAUUAGCCUAGAAUAUGCU